AUGUCCUCAUUGAUCCAUAGGUCGUUGGAAUAUCAAUCGUCCUAUACUGGAGUUGGUAUAAGCCAUAGUGCGAGGCUCAUACUGAGUUCCACAGACGAAGAUGAUCCAAACAUAAACAUGUUCUUCGAGCACCAAUCCAGCUCACAAGGGUACGUUAGUGGGCUCUCUCUCAUGGUGUAUUUUCUAAAGGAGAUUCACAGAAAACUACUGCUUCCUAUCCAUGCGAGGUACAAAAGUCUAGACCAUGGUAACUUCCAUCUAUUAGCUCUCAGCCCCAACCACAAACCCAACGAGAUCGUCCAGUCAACUAUCGUAAAUACCUGCAGUCCCUGUAGUUAUGGAGACACGAACUUGAUUGAAACCGGAUUACAGUGUGGCCAUUUGCUUUCAAGUUCGUUAAUGGCUUCCAUUGAUGUGCCUCGGCGCCCGCUAGGCUAUAUCAAUAUUGAACAUAACCGAAUGCUCGUCUUUUAUACGGGCUUAGAAGAACUCGAAUACGACUUCGCUGCCCUAAAACAACAAGAGAUCAUGCCUUUUGUUGAAGCCUUGAAGUUACCCAUUCAAAAUGAGAUUUCGAUUCAAGAUUGUAUCAAGCUAGGGAUUAUUUUGGUGAAAUCUAUGUUGAAAUACAACUCAACGCCAUGGUGGCCACAGGACUGGACACUCGAACAAGUUUUUAUAUUUCGUGGGGAGGAAUUCGAUUUAAGCUCUACCCUGGAUACGAUACAUCUCUUUACAGAACUCAGAGCGAUCCGCGUCACUGAAGAAGGCGGCAAACCGUUCCUCACAAACCCAGGAGACGGUACAAAUUUCUGAAACAGGAAUAUGACGAUGCUAUGCGCACAUACGGCAUAAGAAACCCGGUGCUCUGGGGUUUAGGGGUGGCCUUGCUACAAAUUGGAGAAUGGAAUGCUGACGCAUUUGGACACGACCCGAACAAAGUGCGCGGGAAAGCAGAGAUAUUUACCGGGUUUGGUGAGCGGUACAGGAAGGCGAUCAUAAAACUUAUCUGUUGCGACUUCGGGUUGGGCGAAGCGAAACUUUCUAAUGUACAACUUCAGGCCCUUAUCUUUGAUUC